AUGUCCCCUCCCCGGCCCUCCCCUCGGCCGCGCAGCCUGCCGGCCGCUCCCGCCGCCGCGCGACGGGGCGGCCUCUGCCGCGGGCGGUCUGCGGCGAGCCGGCACCUCCUCCCCCUGGGGCGGUGCCUCCUCCGCGGCCGCGGCUGCUCGCUAGCUCGUUCGGCGGAGUUCGGGCGGCGGCUGCGGCCGGGGCGCGGUGUUCGGCUAGGCUCGGCUGCGCUCGGCUACGUUCGACUACGUUCGGCUGGGCUCGGCUGGGCUCGGCAGGCAGCAAAAACAGCGGAGGACCUCGCUUCCUGGAGGCCGGCGGCGGCCCGCGGCCAAUUCAGGACUGAUGUGGGGGAAGGAGCAGAUGAAUGGGCCCAGUCCAAAGCCACAGUCAGACCCCCUGACCAGCUGGAGCUGACCGAUGCGGAGCUAAAGGAAGAGUUCACCCGCAUUCUGACCGCCAACAACCCACACGCACCCCAGAACAUCGUCAGGUACAGCUUCAAAGAAGGCACGUAUAAGCUUAUUGGCGUGGUGAACCAACUGGCAGUUCACUUCAGCCAGGUUGGGAACCUGAUCCCCAAAGACUCGGAUGAAGGACGGCGGCAGCACUACCGUGAUGAGUUAGCAGCAGGUUCUCAGGAGUCUGCCAAGGUGGUGAUUUCAGAAACCGAAAUCCUCGAAGAAGAAGAAGAGCCUAAGGAAACAGAAGCUGAAACUGAACUUGGGAGUCAAACAGAUGUGCCUGCCACUGAGGCAGCUGCAAAAGCAACUGAAGAAGAAUUGAUGACUCCCAAGCAGCCCAAGGAGCGAAAGCUCACCAACAAGUUCAACUUCAGUGAGAGGGCCUCACAGACCUUAAACAAUCCUCUCCGGGACCGAGAAUGCCAGAUGGAGCCUCCUCCUAGGACAAACUUUUCAGCCACAGCCAAUCAGUGGGAGAUCUACGAUGCCUAUGUAGAGGAACUUAAGAAGCAGGAAAAGACCAAAGAAAAGGAGAAGGCAAAGACACCAGUGGCUAAAAAAAUGGGGAAGAUGACCAUGAGGAAGAUGACAUCUAUGGAGUCCCAGAGUGAUGACAUCACCAAAGUGACUCAGGCUGCUAAAAUUGUGGAGCGGAUGGUCAACCAGAACACAUAUGAUGAUGUUGCUCAAGAUUUUAAGUACUACGAGGAUGCUGCUGACGAAUACCGAGACCUGGAGGGUACGCUGCUGCCGCUCUGGAAGUUCCAAAACGACAAAGCCAAGCGCCUGGCUGUCACCGCCCUCUGCUGGAAUCCAAAGUACAAUGAUCUGUUUGCAGUGGGACAUGGUUCCUAUGACUUCAUGAAGCAGAGCCGGGGCAUGCUCCUGCUGUACAGCCUGAAGAACCCCAGCUUUCCCGAGUACAUCUUCAGCAGUGAGAGUGGCAUCAUGUGUCUAGACAUGCACGUGAACCACCCUUACCUGGUGGUGGUGGGCCACUACGAUGGGAACGUGGCUAUUUACAACCUCAAGAAGCCCCAGUCCCAGCCGUCCUUCCGCAGCUCAGCCAAGUCCGGCAAGCACACGGACCCGGUGUGGCAGGUCAAGUGGCAGAAGGAUGACAUGGACAACAACCUCAACUUCUUCUCUGUGUCAUCUGACGGCAGGAUUGUGUCUUGGACCCUCUUGAAGAGUGAGCUGGUUCACACAGAUGUCAUCAAGCUGAAGGCGGAGGGCAACACCACAGAUGGCCUCAACGGGUUGCAGAUACACACAGUGGGCUGUGGCACCGCCUUUGACUUCCACAAAGAGAUUGACUACAUGUUCCUAGUGGGCACAGAGGAGGGAAAAAUCUACAAGUGCUCUAAGUCCUACUCCAGCAAGUUCCUCGACACCUAUGAUGCCCACAACAUGGCAGUGGACGCUGUGUCCUGGAACCCAUACCAUGCCAAGGUCUUCAUGUCCUGCAGCUCCGACUGGACUGUGAAGAUCUGGGACCACACCAUCAAGACCCCGAUGUUCAUCUACGAUCUAAAUUCAGCUGUGGGUGAUGUGGCCUGGGCGCCGUACUCUUCUACUGUGUUUGCAGCAGUCACCACUGAUGGGAAGACCCAUGUGUUUGACUUGUCUAUCAACAAGUAUGAGGCCAUCUGCAGCCAGCCCGUGGUGGCCAAAAAGAAGAACAAGAUCACCCAUGUGCAGUUCAAUCCUAUCCAUCCCAUCAUCAUUGUGGGUGAUGACCGUGGGCACGUCAUUUGCCUCAAGCUCUCACCCAACUUGCGCAAGAUGCCGAAGGAAAAGAAGGGACAGGAGGUACAGAAGGGUCCAGCUGUGGAGAUCGCAAAAUUGGAUAAACUGCUGAACCUGGUGAGGGAAGUGAAAACCAAGACCUGAGGGCCUGGCCUCAGUCCCUGUCCCAUUUUUCUGAACCUGUUACUUGUAACCCCUGACCCUGCACCCAAGCCCAGCCUUAGUACUCGGUAUGUGACCCCACCCCUAACCAGGUCCCAGCAUCUACCAUCAGCACUCUACACUGGCCCUGAUCCCAGCACCUCACCCCAGGACUUGGCCCUCAACCAUUAUCCUGUCCUACUUUGCACAAAUAAACCUGCGUCUGGAA